AGAAUCCAUUUGGAUGAAACUACUUGGAGAUCGUGGAACGAACAGCCGCUCAGAACUAUCUGCCGAACAAUAUACUGGCUAUCAGUCUUAAUUGCCUUAGGAUUGCUGAUUUCCUUGUCAAAUUUCGGAGCACUGCUUGCUUUACUGAUUAAAAACCAUGAUGACGGCUCGUUUUACCAAAUUAAGGAUAUGGGCUGGGUCCUGGCCUCAGCUGGAUGUUAUGUCCUUGCUUGGAUUGGUCAUUCAUACUUCAUUCUUCAUGAACGACACCAGCCUCAGUUCUCAAAAGUACUCCGUCUCUUCUGGAUCUGUGCUUUGAUCAUCUCCAUCAUCUCUUUCUCAUCCUGGGCGCAGAAUAAAUCUGAUGGUGUAGGAGCUCACUUGGAUGUCUUUACAUCCAUUAUCAUCAACAUUACUGUGAUUGCUCGAUUUGUCCAGAGCUGUAUGCUUGUCCUCUUAGGAGCGUUGCAGGAGUAUCAAUACAGGACUACACGUUCCGCAGACCGGAAUGCCACAGAAGAUCAUAUGUCAGCACACUCAAAUAAUGGCACACUUGUACACGAUAAUGAUGGGGACAGCAGUAGUAACAGGAGCAACAAGGGCAAACAAAAGAAAAAAGAAACAGCCAAAAAGGAUACAACCACAGCACAGAAAGACUACAAGAGACCAACAACGUUCAGAGAGUUUUACGAACACUGUAGGCGCCUUCGCCCGUUCCUUUGGCCAUCCAACUCAAGGAAACUUCAAGCCCACAUCCUGCUUUGCCUCGGAUUGUUAGUCAUUGGACGUAUUGUGAAUGUGCUGGUGCCCUGGCAAGUGGCAAACGUAGUCAAUGCGCUGACAAAAGUGGCAGAAGGCGCUCCUGAAGGCAGAGACGGAAACGGUAACCCGCGGUUUGUUUGGAAAGAGAUCAUGGUAUUCAUUGGCCUCAGGGCACUACAAAGCAACAUCGGUGCUGUCGAUACGCUUCAAGCACUGCUAUGGGUCCCCGUCGGGCAGUUCAACACACGCGAACUGGCAGUGAAGAUGUUUGAACACCUGCUCAAUCUGUCAUUGCGUUUUCAUCUUAACCGCAAGACGGGCGAGAUGCUACGUGUUCAAGAUCGCGGUGUAUCAUCAAUUGUUACGCUGCUCUCCUCGCUCCUAUUCAAUAUUAUACCUUGUUUGAUCGACAUUGCUGUGGCCUGCGUGAUAUUGGCGCGUUCAUUUGAUAUAUACUUUGGGAUCAUUGUCGCAAUAACUAUGAUCUGCUAUAUAUAUGCCACCAUCCUUAUGACAGACUGGAGGACACGCUAUCGUCGUGAAGCGAACGCUCUAGACAAUGUAGUGGAGGGGCGAGCAGUUGAUACGUUACUCAACUACGAAACCAUUAAGCUCUUUGCCACUGAGAAAUUUGAGACUGAGAAAUACGCCGAGGCUAUUGAUACAUACCAGAAGGCGGACCGCAAAUCUCAGUAUACGCUCGCCAUCCUCAAUACAACCCUCAAUCUCGUGAUCCAAGGGGGCCUGGCACUUGGAUGUCUGCUAUGUGCGAAGAGAGUCGCUGAACACAAAAUGGGGGUCGGUGAGUUUGUUCAGUACUAUGCAUACAUUCUUCAGCUUUAUGGGCCGCUGACUGUAUUUGGCACAUCCUACAGAUCACUUCAGAAAAACUUUAUCGACAUGGAGAAGAUGUUGGAUUUGUUCAAGGAGCCUGUCGAGAUUCAGGACCAGCCUGAAGCUAAACCACUUGUUAUGUCUGGUGGUGAAGUUGUCUUUGAAAAUGUGUCUUUCGGAUAUAAUCCUCAGAACCCCAACCUGAAGUCAGUGUCAUUCAGAAUCCCACGAGGGAAAAAGCUUGCUCUAGUUGGCCCCUCUGGAGGCGGCAAGUCCACGAUUCUACGACUCCUUUUCCGUUUCUAUGACCCUACACAGGGCAGGAUCUUGAUUGACGGCCAGGACAUCAAAAACGUUACCCAGACCAGUCUGCGUAGAAAGAUUGGUAUUGUGCCACAGGAUACGACACUAUUCAAUCAAACAAUUGGAUACAACAUUGGGUAUGAUGAGGAUUGGGAGGAUGAUAGUCGUAUCCAAGCUGCGGCAGAAGCGGCACGGAUCCACGAGAUUGUUAAUCGAUUUCCAGAGGGAUACUCGACUCUCGUAGGAGAGCGUGGCAUGCGCCUGUCUGGAGGUGAGAAGCAGCGUGUUGCCAUUGCUCGAACUAUUCUCAAGAAUCCACCCAUCUUGCUUCUCGACGAAGCAACCAGCGCUUUGGAUACACAAACGGAGCGUGAGAUCCAAAAUUCGAUCGAAUCCAUCUCCAAGGACAGGACAACGCUCAUGAUUGCACAUCGACUGUCAACGAUUGUUGACGCGGAUGAAAUCUUGGUGAUUCAGAAGGGCGAGAUUGCAGAACAAGGCAGCCAUGAAGAGCUCAUGCAGGCUGGAGGGAUCUAUGCUGCGAUGUGGAUGCAGCAGCUCCGAGAAGACCGGACACUUGUAGGAAGUAGCCAUUCGAGUCAGAAGGAAUCCUCCAAAGGGGAGGAAGAGUCGGAUGAAAUUGACUCUUCUGACGGGGAGCACAGUGGUCAAUCAGGCCGAUUUAUUAGCCGAAGAUGCCAUCAUAAUGAAGGGCAUUCUCGUUACCCCUAUCAAGGAAUGACUGGGGAUAGGAGAAGUAGACAGAUGAUGUCUCUCUCGUUGCCUACUUAUACGAUAGGGCAUAAUGCCUCAGGAGUGGAUAUGGACCUAGGAUACGCACGGGAUAUCUUUGAUCGACCUGUAGGAUCAGGAGUUGCCAUUCAGGACUUCUCGGAUGAUUUCCUUUACGAAGACGAUUUUAAUCCAGAUACUCCUUCUCAGUAA